GGCAAGAUGUGGAGACCUCUGUCCGCGAUCGUCUUUCUCGUGGCGAUCGUAAAUCCGCUGGCGGAGACGAGACGCCUCCGCCUGCGCAGUUCUGACACUCUUCAACUGGAUGACUACCUCGACUACGACGGGGUGAUGCUGUACCUAGAUCAGCUGGCACGAACAUACCCCGAUCGGAUCACACUAAAGGACGUGGGUAGAACGUAUCAGAAUCGUGCCCUGAAACUCGCCAUGAUAUCAAACGGAGAUGGGCGUCUGGGAAAGAGGGUGAUAUUCAUGGAUGCCGCUCUGCACGCCCGCGAAUGGAUGACCCCCGUGGCCGCCCUCUAUACCAUCUAUAAGUUGGUAGUUGAGUUCAAGGAAAAUGCCGAUCUUCUGGCCGAUUUCGAUUGGCACAUUAUGCCACUGGCGAAUCCGGAUGGUUACGAGUACUCUCGCAAAACUAAUGCUCGGUGGAGGAACACGAGGACACCGAAUGUCGGCGACUGCAUGGGCACCAAUCUCAACAGGAACUUUGAACUGGGCUGGGGAAUCGGUUUUCCGGAGCUAAAAGAUCCUUGCGAUGAAAAUUAUGCGGGCAGUGCACCAUUCUCCGAGGUGGAGGCACGUACAGUGCGCGACAUAAUGCACACCCUUAUGAAAACACAGCGAGGCGUCAUGUAUCUUUCCCUGCACACGUCCCUCCGUUCAGUUAUCUAUCCUUGGGUCUAUGACAGUACACCGGUGCAAAAUCAAGAGGAACACAUAGAAAUUGCCAAGUUCGUGGCCGAUCAAAUAUUUCAAAGUACUGGCACGGUUAUAAAAAAAUUGCCGGGUACUCAAGUUGGCGGAGAAUUUGGCGGUACGAGCAUCGAUUACGCCUUUUACAUGGGAUUUCCCUUAUCGUUUACCUUCGAGAUGUCGGGAAUGGACCAUAAUCACGUGGAUUACAGGUUUUUUCCACCAACCUCGGAGAUUCGCCGCCUAGCUGAUGAAUCGUGGACGGGUAUACGAGCCUUUGGCAAGAAGGCCAUUGAAAAAUAUCCACCCUCCAGGGCAAUACCUCAGUCCGAGAAACACAGACCUACCAAAAAUUCAGCAACACGGAAUUGGGACUUAGCUCCCGUGGUUGGAACAACUACGCUGCUUUUUGUACAUUUCUUCAAGAAAUUUGUAAGCUUUAAAAUGUGUCAAAACUAAAUUCUAUUAUUAAACCUUUCUUAAUUCUUAGUUCUAAAUAAGCUGAAUUAAGGUUAUAGUAUGAGAGUUUAUGUCGGAGAAAGUAAAGAUGAAGUCAAAUUGUUGUGCAACACAAAUCGUCUUAUUUAAUGUGAUGUAAACUUUUCGAACAAACAAUUGAAAAUUCAGACCGACCGACAAAUUUAAGCUAGGAAUUAGGACCUAAUUAAGAGUUUCCAGUCAAUAAACUGUUACU